AAUCCAUGUCCCACCCACUUUCUUCUAUCCUGUUACUCUCGAUAGGAACGAAGCUAGAGAGAGAGAGAGGCUUCUACUUUAAUCCUCUUCUUACACUUAAAUUAAACAAGAAAGAGAGGGAGAGAGCUUUUUCUCUUUAAAUUGGAACGACCCCACACUGAAAUUAACCAAGAUUUGCAGCAUUCUGCUUCCCCUAUACUGCAUAUUUUGGAUCCUAGACAGAUGGGUUCUCUAAUGGCAGGAUGGGGUUCUCCCACCAAAGAUCCUAAACACGCAAUCUACCAAAGAAAUAAAUCUUUCACCAAAGAAGAGAUAGAGAGUUUCUGGAAGUCGAAAAAAAGAAUCGAAGAAGAACAUCUCAGAUCCAUAUCCAGUUUAUCACCCAACUCUGAGAAGGAUGAAUCCAAGAGUGAGAGACAAGUGCUCGAGAGGAGCAAGAGUUUUCCUGUCACUAGCUCCUCAUCUGAUCUAGAAAAACUCAGACUUGCUAGUGACUGGUGGACAAGAAGCAACUGGGCUUUCUUGAAUGAGCCUCCUGUAACAGCCAUGGAAGGCCCUUCCUACAAGUACGCAGCACAAUAUCAUUUGACAGAGUUAGGAUCCCAUGGCGCGAACACUAACUCAAUGUUCGACACCUCCAAACCAGAUUUGCAACCAGGAAUAAGCACCUGAUAACCUUCUCUUUUUCAAAUAUCCUGAUAUGGUACUUGUUCAAAAGUAUAGCAAGUGUGUAUAUGUAAGGUGUGAAUCGGGGUGGGUCAUGUAGAUAUGAGGUUCUUAGCGCUUAAGUCUCUUUCCAAUUAGAGUUGAAGAUGUAAGUUGGAGUGCUAAUUGUGGUACCAGUGCUUUGUAUGUAAGCGUGGUUUUGCUCAUAUAAAUAUGAGGCUCUAUCAUUAGGUUCUCUCUUUCUA